AUGGAUGCGCGCUUCUGGCCGUGGAUCAUCAUUCAUAUCGAUGCUCCGUAUGUUUCGCGUCGCGUCGUGCAAACCUUCCUCGCCGCCUCGCGCAAAAACACAAUCGCCAUCCACAUGUGCUAUCGCGGCGCUCCUCUGAUGGAUCCCAACUUUGAGAACAGACGCGUUCUGGAAGCUAUGGAGUGUAUCGGGCCCCAUCUUUCCCGAUGCUCCCAGUUCACCCUUAGAGGACUCUACCGCUCGUCGACAGUCCUCGCUAGCCGCUUCUUCAACGGGGUAUCUGCGUCUCAAAUGAUCAGCUUGGAUCUGACCUCUGCUAUUACGGACAGCGACAGACCAUUCUGCGUAACGUCCUUUUACUGCGCUCAGCUGUCUCACGUAGAGCUAGAUGCGCGAAGUCUGGCAGAUUUUGUUCUUGUUAACGAUGGGUGCAAGCAUUGGAGGACACACCCCCUAUCCCUUACGGCCACCAGAUACCGCCCCUCUCCCGUCAUUCUUCCGCUUUCUUCGAGAAUCUUUGGAUACGCACUUCUGGUCGCACAGGAUAGGACGAAAACGAACCUCUGUGUGGAUGACGUUGAAUUCGAUGACACCGACUCUUCGUCUGCUAGAGCUUCUCAUACUAUGUCACAGGCGUUCAUGAACAACGGAUCGGAUGAGCUCGGUGAUGAGCCAUGGAUCUGGUUUUCUCAUAUGGAAGGCCCUUCGAUCUCCCGGUUGCUGGAUUACGCCAUACCCGGUCUGCGCUCAAACAUUCUUUUGUACAUGAAUAACAAUGACUUUGGUUCUUUCCCUGUGCGACGCCGACUAGGCUCCAGCUGUCGACUUCUCCUUAGAAACAUAGGCGAUCACACAGGCUUAUCUGCGGUCCUCAGUAAAUGGGACGGAUCGUACCUGUCUAUCGAUGGUUGUGCAGCAUUCGACGACACUUUUCUAGGGCUACUGACGCAGAACAUGGACCUCUGCGCGAAUCUCACUGAAGUCACUAUUGGAGACUGUCCUUGUACUCCGCGCGCCUUGAUCAAGUUCUGCAACGCAAGGAAAAGGUCCGGAAGACAGCUAGAUUCCUUAGACAUCCUGGAUGGCGUCGUUCUGCCUUCUCAGGCAGAGUUCAACGCGAUCGAAAGAAGGGUUGAUAUCCUUCGGUGGUUCGAGGCGGAGGGCGCGCUGCAAGGGAGUGGUGCUGAUAUCUGAUCGUUCUGGACUAGAUCUCGACCCACUUUAUCGUAGCAGAACUAGUUCGAAGACUUGUUGCAAAAAUCGUCGUUCCGCGGACUUCUAGAAUGUUGUACUACCAAGGAAGCUUGCGUCAGCGAAAGAAAA